GCGCGUGCGCACUACGGCGGGAAGCCAGCGCUGGACCGUGGGGGCACCGGGCGCACCUUCCCGGUGAGCCAGGCAUGGCGGGCGCGGGCCCGGUGUCGAGCGUGCUGGGGCUGCUGCUCGUGUCGGCUCUGUUUGGGGCCCUUGGAGAGCGCCGCAGCCCCGAUCUGGGGGCACACCCAGAACGCCGCUCCCAGGUCGGUCCCGGGGCCACCGAACCCAGGCGGUGGCCGCCACCCAAGGACCAGCGCGAGCGGGCCCGGGCUGGAGCGCUGCCUUUGGGGGCGCUGUACACUGCGGCCGUCGUGGCUUUUGUGCUGUACAAGUGUUUGCAGGGCCCGGAUGAGGCUGCCAUUCUCCAAGAGGAAAAAAACAAGAAGAAAUCCUUGCAGUCAGAACAACAGCUGGUGCAGUUGACGCAGCAGCUGGCCCAGACGGAACAGCACCUGAACAAUCUCAUGACCCAGCUGGACCCCCUUUUUGAGCGGGUGACUACUCUGGUUGGAACCCAGCGGGAACUCCUAAACAUGAAGCUCAAGACCGUGCACCAGCUCCUACAAGACUGCAAGCCUGGCACGGGUGUGCCAGCUCCAGGUACACGAUCGGGAAGCGGUGGCUGGGAGACGGAGGCCCUGACACUGGAGCAAGCCGGUCUUUCCCUCACAGAGGCAAGCGUACCCUUUCCUGAGGACUCGGGGCAAGAGGACCAACAAGAAGCGGAAGACAGUCAGGCCUGGGAGGGGCCCGUAAACUGGAGCCCAGAUUCAUGGAACCUAGCUCCUUCCUGGGAGGUGCAGCAGGGGCUGAGGCGAAGAUGGCCCAAGACUGUGACAGAGGACCCAGCAAUGAAGGGGGGACAGCCACUGGAGGGUUAGUAAAACCAGGUCACCUUGUCCUGGGUGCUCCUCUGUGCUUUUCCUGCUCCCAGCUGGUCGGACACAGGAAUAAGAGGUACUGAAGCCGACUGAGCCUCCCAGAAAAGGUUCCCUUAUUAGGAAAAGAGAAUGCCUUCCAGAAUUCCUGAGGCUCCCGAUACGGCAGCCAUCGAAGCUCAAACGCCUUUUUCUUGUGGUUUAGACAGAAGGGUCUUUCCAAAAACACAAUAAAACGCACUUUAUUAAAA